CAAAUUAGGGAAAACGUGCUAUUUCCCCACCAGAAGUAUCGUAUCCCUCCAUAUGUCUCUCAAACUAUGAUCUCAUCCUAGAUGUCCCCGAAACGAAAGUUCGAAACCUAUUUCCCCAUGAAACUAUAAGAAACCACUUAUAUCUCCUCGAAACAAAAGUUCGAAAGCCAUAACCCCAUAAAGAUAAAUAACUCGGUUUAAACCUAUAAACUUCAACCGUUUUGGUUAAUUAAACCAGUAUAGACCAAUUAACGACCCGAUUAAGAUCCGAUUAUAGAAAUCAAACCAGAAAUUAGAAACCUAAGCGACAAACUCAUAAACCCUUUCCCCCUUUCACUUAUACCCAAUUUCAAUCGAAAAUUGAAAUUAAGAACCCUAGAACUACAGAUCACAGAGAGAAAACACAAGAGAGAAGAGAGAUGGCUUCAGUUGAUGAUGUCGAUGGAGGAGAAACCUUCGAUGAAGAAGCAGAAGAGAGAGAUGAAUGUGAAAUUGAGCACCUGCUCAACGAGUUUGUCGACGAGCCUUGUAUUCGCCAUGAUCAGAUUCCUGAGAGUGAUGACGAGGAAGAGAAAGGCUGCAAGAAGAAACCACCAGAGGUAACUCACAUCAAACGCGGUGAUGGAAGCUUGUACAAAAAGCAGACCUUCGUAAACGGGGUUGGUUUCAAAGAUUGUGUUCUAGACUACGCUCUUAAGACAGGCCACAAUAUCCAGCAGUACAGGUAUGAUAAGGAGAAAAUUGGCUUUAAGUGUGUGGGUUCUAAUGAGGGAGGAAGCUGUGAAUGGAAAAUAUAUGAUUCAGUUCUGCCUAGUGAUAAUGUCUGGAAAGUGAGAGUCUUUGUUGAGAAUCAUUCGUGUGUGCCUAAUGGAGAGUGUUCGAUGCUGAAGGUUCCUCAAAUAGCCAGAUUGUUUAUUGAUAAAAUCAGAGAAGAACCGGAUUAUUACAUGCCAAUGAAGAUUGAACAACUAGUUCUUGAGAAAUGGGGGAUCACAGUUUCAAGGGCUCAGUGUCAAGCUGCUAGAACUAAGGCGCUGAAGUGGAUUGAGUUUGAGUAUGAUCAUCAGUUCGCUCGUCUUCGAGAUUAUGCAGCUGAGAUACUUGAAUCAAACAAAGACUCUACUGUGGUGAUUGAGACUUCGAAAAAUACUGAAGGAAAAGAUGAGUUCAACAGGUUCUACACUUGUUUUGACAACAUAAGAAGGACAUGGAAGGAGACAUGUAGACCUUUGCUUGGAAUUGAUGGAUGCUUCGUUAAACACAAGAUCAAAGGGCAAGUGUUGGUGGCAUUAGGAAGAGACGCAGAUAAUGCCAUAUAUCCAGUGGCAUGGGGUGUAGUUCAAGUUGAAAAUACAGAUAAUUGGUCAUGGUUUGUGAGGAUGGUAAAGGAAGACUUAGGACUUGAUGAUGGUGAAGGGUUUGUUAUCGUGUCUGAUCGCCAAAAGGGUUUGAUAGCUGCAGUUAAGGAGGAAUUGCCUAAGGUAGAGCAUAGGAAGUGUGUGAGACACAUCUAUGAGAAUCUGAAGAAAAAACAUGGAAGUAAAAGCGACAUGAAGUCUUAUUUAUGGAGCUUAGCAUGGAGUUACAACGAAGCAGAAUAUAAGGAAAGGCUGGAUAGGAUUUUCAAUUACGAUGUUGGUGUAUAUGAUGAUGUUAUGAAGACAAAUCCGAAGUCUUGGUGUAGAGCAUACCACAGGUUGGGGCCGUAUUGUGAAGAUGUGGAAAACAAUUCCACAGAGUCUUUCAAUAACACUAUUGGAAAGGCAAGAGAACUCCCAUUUGUCCCUAUGUUAGAGACAAUAAGAAGACUUGCCAUGGCUCGGAUUGCAAAACGAUCGGCAAUCUCUCAUGGUCACAAAGGUAUUUGUACACCAUAUGCGACUGAGUUUCUUAAAAUAGAGAAGGAGAAAGCUACUGCAUGCACAAUUACAAGAAGCACCAACGGAAUGUAUGAAGCAAAGUUGGGUGGAUGUACUCACCGUGUCAGCUUGGAUAGAUGGACUUGCACGUGUAUGAAGUUUGAGAUUUGUGGGAUUCCAUGUGAGCAUGCCUAUGGAGUCAUUCUCCAUAAGAAGCUUAAGGCUGAGGACUUCGUAUGUAAGUGGUUCAGAACAUCUAUGUGGAGAAGAAACUAUACUGAUGGCCUUAUUCCGGUGAGAGGUGCUCGAUUUUGGCCUCAAACGGGUGCUCCGGACGUUCAUAUUCCACCAGAUCCAGACCAACCGGGGAGGAAGAAGAUGACUAAAGCUGACAAGAAAAGAAAGAAACCUGCUAAUGAGUCUCCAACAAAGAAGCAACCAAAGCAUAAAAAGAGAAUUAUGCACUGCGGAAUAUGUGGCCAACCUGAUCACAACUCAAGGUUUCAUAGUAAAAAACAGGUUUGUUCUGUUUCUAAUUCACCAUUGGUAAGCUCAAACAAAGAUUCACUAAUUUUCAUUUUUGGUAGGCUUCUAGAGCUGGUCCUUCUCAUGUUGCUUCUCCAGCUGCUUCUCAAGCUCAUUCUCCAGCUGCUUCGCAAGCUUCUUCUCAAGCUGGUUGUCAUAUCAUCCAUGGAUAUGAAGAUAUGUGUUGAUGGUGGUCACGACUUUUGUGGUUUUUAGAGUCUCGGAUUUGGUGUUGUUUUGUCUCUCAGCUUUUGUGUUUUUAGAGUCUCGGAAUUUGUGGGUUUUGGUGUCUCAAAUUGUUUUAAAAUUAUGUAACCCUCUUUUGUUCAAACCGAUGUGUCUUUAGGGAUGGUGGUAUCUAUUUAAACAUUAUCUUGCUCAGGUUUAUGUUGGCUUCA